AUGUUCAUUCGCCCGACCGCCGAAGAGUUGGCCGACUACGGCGAACCCGACUUCGUCGUACUGAACGCGUCGAAAGCCAAAGUGGAAAACUACAAGGAACUGGGGCUGAACUCCGAAACGGCGGUCGUAUUCAACCUGACCGAAAAGAUGCAGGUCAUCAUCAACACCUGGUACGGCGGCGAAAUGAAAAAAGGCAUGUUCUCUUACAUGAACUACCUGCUGCCGCUCAAAGGCAUGGCUUCGAUGCACUGCUCGGCCAACACCGACCUGAAGGGCGGCAACACCGCAAUCUUCUUCGGGCUGUCCGGCACCGGCAAAACCACCCUUUCGACCGACCCGAAACGUCUGCUGAUCGGCGACGACGAGCACGGCUGGGACAACGACGGCGUCUUCAACUUCGAGGGCGGCUGCUACGCGAAAGUGAUCAACCUCGACAAGGAUAGCGAACCGGACAUCUGGAACGCCAUCAAGCGCGACGCGCUGCUCGAAAACGUAACGGUGCGUGCGGACGGUUCGAUCGAUUUCGCCGACAAAUCGGUAACCGAAAACACCCGCGUUUCGUAUCCGAUCUACCACAUCGAGAACAUCGUUAAACCGGUUUCGAAAGGCCCGGCUGCAGAAAAGGUGAUCUUCCUGUCGGCCGACGCUUUCGGCGUGCUGCCUCCGGUUUCGAUCCUGACCCCGGAACAGACCAAAUACUACUUCCUGUCCGGCUUCACCGCCAAACUGGCCGGAACCGAACGCGGCAUCACCGAACCGACUCCGACCUUCUCGGCCUGCUUCGGCGCAGCCUUCCUGUCGCUGCAUCCGACCAAAUACGGCGAGGAACUGGUGAAAAAAAUGCAGGCUUCCGGCGCAAAGGCCUAUCUGGUUAACACCGAUGGAACGGAACCGGCAAGCAUGCCGUACUUCGACUUCGAAAUUCCGACCGCGCUGCCGGGCGUAGACCCGAAGAUCCUCGAUCCGCGCGACACCUAUGCGGAAGCCGCGCAGUGGGAUGCCAAAGCCAAAGACCUGGCCGAACGUUUCAUCAAGAACUUCAAGAAAUUCGAAGGCAACGAAGCCGGCAAGAAACUGGUUGCCGCGGCCCGAAACUUUAAGACGAGAAUCCUUUAUAACCGAAAAAAUCCCGGCGUUUUUGCGCCGGGAUUUUUUUCUUCGGCCCGCAUCCGAUCUCCGCGCCAAAAUCAUUACCCUUAG